UAGGAGGAGUUGGCUUUUUCUGAUUUUUUCUUUGGUGAUUUUACCUGCUACCCUCUUCUCUUCAGCUUCAGCAGCACCACUACCACCUGCUAAGAUUGUUACUGGCUUUGUGUCCAAUGCGGUUUCGGCGCUAGUUAAAUGGCUAUGGUCACUAAAAUCCACAUCUUCUAAUAAACCAGUGCAACAACAUGGAAGGUCCAUGGUGAAAUUCGAAGGUGGCUACACUGUGGAGACUAUAUUUGAUGGAACUAAGCUUGGAGUUGAGCCUUACUCAGUUGAAGUAUCUCCAAAUGGUGAAUUCCUAGUUCUGGAUUCAGAGAACAGUAAUCUCUACAAGAUUCCUGUCCCAAUAUCUCGAUUAUAUGCAGAUGGCAGGCCCAAAGUUCUUGCUGGAUCAAGUGAAGGGUAUAUUGGACACAUAGAUGGGAGACUUAGAGACGCCAGAAUGAAUCACCCUAAAGGGCUUACAGUGGAUGACAGUGGAAAUAUUUACGUUGCUGACACUAUGAAUAUGGCCAUCAGAAAAAUCACUGAUCAAGGGGUUACAACCAUUGCGGGUGGUGGAAAAUGGGGGCAAUCAAGAGGGCAUGUUGAUGGUGCAAGUGAAGAUGCAAAAUUUUCAAAUGAUUUUGAUGUAAAGUAUGUUGGUAGCAGCUGCUCCCUUUUGGUGGUGGAUCGUGGAAACCAAGCAAUUAGAGAAAUUCAACUCCACCAUGAUGACUGUAAUACUGAUUCUUCUUCUUCCGAUGACUAUGAUGCUAGUUUCCACUUAGGAAUAGUGGUGCUUCUUGCUGCUGGAUUCUUUGGCUAUAUGCUAGCAUUACUGCAGUGGAGAGUGAGAGCAAUGUUUUCUUCUCAUGAUGAUCCAAGACCUCCAUUAAGGAAAGGCACAGCACCUCCACCACAUCAAAGGCUUCCUCCAAACUCAGUCAGGCCUCCAUUGAUCCCAAGUGAAGACGAGGACGAAUUCGAGAAACAAGAAGGCUUCUUUGUCUCCAUUGGAAGACUCUUCCUCAACUCAGGCACAUCCAUGGCUGAAAUCUUAGGUGGCUUAUUCUCAUCAUCAUCAUCCAAAAGGAACAAAUCUUCACAACUUCAUCAAUAUCAUCAUCAUCCUCAAUACCAACAACAAUACCACCAUUAUCCACCAUCAAACAGGACCCAUCAUCAAUCAUGGCCAGUGCAAGAGAGUUAUGUGAUUCCAAAUGAAGAUGAACCUCCUCCACCAUUAGAAACAAGAACACCAACACAUAAUAGAAAAACAACAACAUACCCUUUUGUUACCAACAAUAACAAUGAGAUUGAGAAGCCACAGAACUCGAAACCAAUUAGGCCUAAUAAUAAUUAUUUGGACAAAUGGGAUGAUGAUAAUAAUGGAGGUGACUAUGAUGAUGGUGAUCAUCAACAUCAACAACAACAACCGCCACAUCAUCAAUAUAAGCAUCCUAAGCUUCAGCACCAUCAGAUUCAACAACACCAGCAGCAUCAUCAAAUUCAAACACGCUACUCUUCAUCAACAACAACAGCCAACACCCCACAAGGCUACUACGAGCCGAGCUGCGAGCCGAAUGAGAUCGUGUUUGGCGCAGUUCAAGAACACGAUGGGAGGCGUGAAGCUAUGGUUAUAAAAGCUGUAGAUUAUGGGGAUCCCAAGUACAGUCACCAUAGUAUUCGUCCCAGGUUGAAUUAUGUUGGUUACUCUCAUGCUUAUUGAGGACCAUAGUUACUACAACUAUGUUUGUUUUUUGUAACUUGAUAUAUAGUGGCUAAUCAAAGCGUAGAUUACUUGCUUCCUAGUUAGGAGUUAGGACACAUUAUUAUUAUUAUUAUUAUUAGACGAAUUAUAAAUAAAUAAACAACGAAAGGGAGACACAAGUCCUAAGUGUGCAAACAACAAUAG